UCGUUGAUUAGUGUCAUCUUGAAAAUACCUGAAUUUGUCAUUCGAAGGAAAAAUAAAUUGGGGCCUAAAGAACUAAGACUAAACUUAAAAGUUACUUUUUAGUUUUUUCCACGCGAUAUUUUUGAGCUUUUUCAAAGGCUAGCUUUUGAAGGUUUUUAAUUCUAGAACUUACUAUAGUACUUCUGCUAUUUUGAAGCUUAGCCAAGCAUGUUCUUAUUUUGUACGCUAUACACGAGUCUGCAAAACUACUAUUGAUCAUUUCAAACCCAACUCAUUCCAACAGUGGCAUUUCAUUUUCUAUUACAUUAUAGUUGGUUGUUAGAACAGGCCAGAGUCGAAGUUGAGAAUUGUGCUUACACUAUGAAAGAACUUAUGGAAUAUACAUAAAAAUCUCUCAACAGAAACUUUUUAUAGUUUAUUUCUGAGUUAUGACCUUCCAUAUUGUCAGACACUUGGAUCAUAAUGAAAAUUUCCUCUAUGAAUGACCUGUGUAGAGAUUAAAAACAUAUCAAGGAUUCAUUGACAUGAGCGGCCUUUCCCAACAAUCAUUGAUCAUAAAAACGCCAAAGCAUCAUAAACAGUACAUUAUUCCAGGAGGGGAAAUUUUGCUCGGUGGCAAAUCAAAGCCCAUUUAUAAAAAUUGCAUCUCGUGUUCUGGGGAGUGGGACGAUCUGCACCAACCCAAACGAGUAACGUUUUUGGCAGAUAAUGUUUUUGCUAAAGCUUUUCAAGCUGCAACGCUAAAAUCGCAUCCACAAUUCUCGAGAAAAGGGCAGUUGAGGCAACCUUUAACUGAAUCUUCUCCAAGUUCUCUUACCUUUUCAUUCACGAGAAUUGAAUCUAUCAAAACUGGAAAACGCUCGGUUUCACCACUUCGUUUCGCAUUUAAUCGUUCUGGAUCCAUUACCAGUAGAUCAUAUUCUUUGAGCUCUAGGAGUGAUAAACAGUGGUGUCCAGCAGCGCCUCGAAGGGCGAUUUCAAUGUCCAUAAAACCCGAGACAAAUAGAGGAACAGAAAUCGAUCAGUAUUCAAAAAAAAGUAAGCAUCUCUUCAAAGCCCUGCUUAGCAUUCACCGGUUUAGAAAAGAAACCGUACCAAACAAAUAUAGCGACGACAGAUAAAGGAUUGUUUUGCCAAAGUUUAUAGCAGGAGGCUGAGAAUAUAUAUGCUUCUGAUUCUGCUUUUGUUUUACAAACAAUGGACUGUACUUUACACGCCAAUAUGAAAGUAAUUCCCUUAGAUUCACGUCGUCUUUGUUUAAAGCUUUGUAUAUAAAUAUAAAUAAUACAAUUGUUUGCAAUUUAUGGACAA